AAUGAGAUCGAACAUAUGCCUAAGGACUGCUCUCGUAAGGACUCUUAUGUCAAUUCUACUGAGUCCAAUAAGGCCCAUAAGCCGCCUGUUACCACACAGGCUCUUCUUCAUGACAAUCAGACUAAGAAACCAGCUGUACGAAGCGCCUCUACCCAAUCUUCGUCGGCUGUUCACUCUACUCCGGCCAACUCUAAGAUUGAUGUUCCUCAGUCGGCCCUGAUGUUUCUGCUGUUUUGACUGUGACAGCCACUGGUUCUCUCUCUGCUUCAAUUG